AAGGUUUCUCCAUUUCCCAACCGCACAUUUUCCUGUGCUGCUGAGCGAGAAACAAAAAGGAAAAGCGAAGAAAGAAAGGAAGGUUUCUCCGCGAAGAAAGAAAAGAGAAAAGGUAGAAGAAAGAAAAAGCGGUGAAAUGCGUGCGAUCUUGUUCAAGUCGGCGUCGGCGGGUCUGUUGGUCUUGCUGGCGGGCUGCGUGUCCCUGCUGAUGCCGCAGGUGCUGUUGGCUGCUCCAUCGGGCGGAGACAUUGCAGCCCUGCCGGACCCCAGCAACUACAAUGCCGACGAGGGAAAUAAUGCAUCGGGUAUCCUGGGUGCUGGCUGGAGUUCCGCCGCCGAAACCAGCUCACCGGCACCGUAUUCUGCAGCCCUUGAGAUGAUGGGCAUCAGCAUGAGGAACGGGGGGAUUGACGAGGAUGACGAGAGGGCAGAUUCACUCAAAAACGGCGACAGACUCAUGCUGAGCUAUUUGUCACCCGCAGCAUCAUCAUCAUCAUCAUCGUCGUCCGACCUCACUGGUCCUCGUCGACGCCAAUCCUCCGUGCUGAUGAUGACGCAAAAGAAUAAGCGAUUGGAUUCACUGGGCAGUGGUUCCCUUUUCAACAGAGCCCUCAUGCAGCAUGCUUCGUCGUCUUCUUCUUCUUCUUCAUCAUCAUCUUCCAUCGACAGUCCCAUAAUUCUGCAUCGGUCUUGGUCAGCAGCAGCAACAGGACUGGGUUUGCUGAAAGGCGACAAUAACGGAGCAGCGCCCGACGUUGCACAUCAUCAUCAUCAUCAUCCCCCUUUAUUAUUGGCGAUGAAUAAACGAUUGGACUCGGUCGGCAAGGGGGACAUGUUCAACAGAGCAGUAGUAGCAGCAUCAUCCGCUAAGGCAGUCCCAUCGAUCAGCAGUGGCGCCAAUAAUGAUGAUAGUAAUAAUAGCGAAAGGCGCCGCGGGAUGGACUCUUUGGGAAGCGGGUCCUCCAUAUUCAACAGGCGGGGCUUGAAUGAGGACGACUCAUCGGCCUUGGACUCCCUCGGUGCCGGCUCCAUGUUGGAUAGGAGGCGGGGAAUACCCGACAGGAUCAAGUGCCAACCCCACCUCGUGAUGAUGGGAAGAAAGCGGACGAUGGACUCUCUCGGCCGAGGCUCCGUCUUCAACCGGGCUCUGUCCAACUCGAUCGGCGCCCGGCAUCCCCCGGGCUUGGUAUUUGUCGUCAGCAGCAGACCAGACACGCCCAGCACGAGAAACGAUGCCGACGACGACGACGACGACUGUCGAGAAGAGAAAGAAGAUGGGAUUGGCGCGAUGGACAGGAAAAUCCGGCGGAUGGAUUCUCUCGGCAGAGGCUUCAUUUUCAACAAGAAAAAGCGCAGCAGCAGCAGAGAUAAGUCAUCGUCGCCGUCGACGAUGACGCAGGGACUACAAGGACCCCUCAUCCUGAUGAUGCCGAUGAUAACGUCGUCGUCGUCAGAUGCUGUUGUGGAUAAAAAGAUACGCUUCGAUCCGAGCCCGAACACCUCGACCACCGCCAUCAUGAGACAGUAUCGCGAAAAAGUCCCCCAAGAGAUGCAUUCGUCUGUUAAGAACUCUUAUAGCCAAAGCCCAUCUCUGCUUCUGCAGGCAAAUGCUCAAAUCUCCGAUAAAGAGUCUCCCGCAGCAGCAGCAGGAGCAGGAGCAGGACGAGGCACUCGUCACCGAGCGGCCUCUGAUGUUGACGAAGACAACGUGGAACGCAGAGCCUUGGAUUCCCUCGGUGCCGGAGUGCUCAUGAACACCAGAGACGUGAUGCAGAAAGAUGAAGCAGACUACUACCGACAGAACUACGCAAAGCGCCUGGAUGUUCUCAGUGGAAUGACGAUCGGGGCCCAAAAGCGCAACUUUGACGAGAUCGGCCACGGGUCCAUGGGCUUUGCCAAACGGAACUUUGACGAAAUCGGCCACGGAAGCAUGGGCUUUGCCAAACGGUCCCUGGACGACUUGAAGCAGAGCAUCCUGCGCUACUUGCGCGAAAAGGACCGACUCGACGCCCAGCGGUUCCUCAUGGCCACCAAGCGCAACUUUGACGAGAUCGGCCACGGGUCCAUGGGCUUUGCCAAGAAGAACUUUGACGAAAUCGGCCACGGAAGCAUGGGAUUCGCCAAGAAGAACUUUGACGAGAUUGGCCACGGUUCCAUGGGCUUCGCCAAAAGGCACACGCUUGGCGAUGACAUUGGCCAGGGAAGCAUGAUGGGGAUGGUUUCGUCGUCGUCCAGCGGAGCUGGGCUACGAGGGCAGCAGCCUGAUUACUCUCCCCAAAAAUGAAAAAAAAAAAAAAGAGAAGAGAAACAGAGCAACAUGCCAUGUGUUGAAUCAUGGUCCCUUAUUGUCAGUUUUCAGUAUACAUACGGCGCAUCAUGCAUUAUACUCGUUCAUAGCUUUUCUCCGAGAGCCUCCUUGUUUCAAGUUCAGGCGUGUGUGUGUGUCUUUAUUAUUGUUCACCUGAUUUCAUGUCUCCGCCAUCUCGUUUCGUCCUAUGUUUAGAGUAACAACAACAAAAACAAUAACAAUUGAGCUGCAUAUAAUAUAAUGAUAAAGAGACCCCAUCAUGUUUCUGGAUCUCGGCCGCCGCCUCCUCCUCCUCCUCCUCCUCCUCUUCGUCGUCGUCGUCGUCGUCGUCAUCAUUGUUGUCUUUUGUCACAGCAGCAUGCUAAUCAUUCAUCAUGUCGAAAAGAUGGAAAAUAAAAUAAUAAAGCAGCAAUCAAAUUAAAAUCAUCUGCUGAUUUACUGAUGAUGUCCACACACCGUGUCGCAUAUAUAUAUAUAUAUAAUGCAAAUGAGGGAAAUGCGCAAGAAACAAAACGAAGAGAGAGAAAUGACGA